AUCUUGCUUUUCAUACUUACAAAUUAAGUGAAAACUGGCUCAUGUAUAAAAGUGCUCAUAUAGGGGUGCCUGGGUGACUCCGUCGGUUCAGCGUCUGACUUCAGCUCAGGUCAUGAUCUCACGGUUCGUGGGUUCAAGCCUCGCAUCGGGCUCUGCGCUAACAGUGAGGACCCUGCUUGGGAUUCCCUCUCUCCCCCUCUCUCUCUCUGCCCCUCCACUGCUCGAACUUUCUCUCUCUCACAAAAGUAAAAAAAAAAUAAAAACAAAAGAAUGUUCAUAUCAAUAUCUUUCAUGGUAGCCAACAACUAGAAACAAACCAAAUGUCCGUCCACAGAAGAAUGAGUAAAUAAAUUAGAGCAUAUUCACACAAUAGACCAUGACAUCAUAAUGAGAAACAAACCAGCCACUACUGAUACAUGCAACCACAUGGAUGAAUCUCACAAACAUCAUGUUGAGUGAAAAAAGCUAAACCCAAACCAGUACAUUCUGUGUGACUUCAUUUAUACGAUACAAAAGCAGGAACAACUAAUCAAUGGUGACCAGAAAGUGGUUGGUUAUCUUUGGAGGGUAUCACCUGGGAGGGGGCAUGAGAGAACCUUCUGGGGAUCUGAAAAAUAUGGUGGCUACAUGGCUAUCAGCAGAUGGAAAUGUUCAACAGGCUGUAAAUUUAAGAGGUGUGCACCUUACUGCACCCAAGUUAAAAAGGGGAAAUCUUUAACAAUUUUAAAACAGAAUACUGGUUCUGCAAAUGCAGCUUCGAGACAAGUCCUGUGGUUGUCCCCACCUUACCCUAGCUCACCACCCUCCAGCCCCUCACCACCCUCCAAAGUCUUCCCUAUAGAGAACUUCAGAAGUUGCUACAUUCCUUGAUCCCGGAGUGUGUGUUUGUUUGGGGUUAUACAAAUCUGAUCUGGGGGGGGGGGGGGGCUGCCUAAGGUGGAGAUAAGGUAGAAGACAUCCUUCCACAGUGAGAGGAGACCUCAUCGUAUGUGAGUAUGUGACGACAUCUCUGAGAAGGGGAACCAUAACAUUUAUCUUCCAAACGAGGACACUUCUGAGAGCAAAAGGGAGAUCCAUGAACAUUUUCACCAGGACAGCAGGCAUAAACCAGAAUGUCCCAGGCAAGGGGGUAGAUCAUGGAACUUCUUGAUAUAAAACCUGCCAGAUGACCAGGAAAGUCCACAUACUGGGACAAGUGUGAGUUGAGCUGUUUGGGACAAGGAUGGGGGCAUCAGAGGAGGAAAUGGGCACAGAGAGUAGCCUGUAAUCAACCAAGGGUGCAGAGGUGUUAUAUAUAAUCGCUCUUCAGGGAACCAGGCCUCCAGCCCACGCCCCAGCUGCUCCCCCCUCCUCUCCGAAUUGACUGUCCGUCCCUUCCCUGGAACUCCUAAGCCUGACCCUGCUCCCUGCCCCUCCCAACCCACGGUUCCCCUGACCCCACUCCCUUUCCCAGAACUCAGUCGUCUGAGCCCCCAGCCUGCGGUUCACUCCUAGGCCUCAGCCUUUCCUGCCUUCGACUGAAACAGCAGCAUCUUCUAAGCCCUGGGGGCUUCCCCGGGCCCAGCCAGGGCCUAGAACCCGCCCGCCGCCUGCCACGCUGCCACUGCAGCUUCCUCUAUAAAGGGACCCAGGCGUCCGGGCCCAGGGGCCCCACAGAGCAGGUGAGACUCUCCCGCCCCGUCUCCUUGGGCUGCCGGGGGGUGGACUCCCCUGGGCACUCUGCCCCUCCGCCUGCGCCCCGGCCCCCCUCCUGUACCUCCUGCCUGAGGCUGGGCCUUGGUGGGUUUGGUUUUGGUUUCUCCUCCCUCCGACUCUUCAUCAGUCAUUUUCUCCCUGUCUCUAUCACACCUUCUCUGUUUCUGCCACGAGUCCUCUCUGUUCCCUUCCCGUGUCUCUGUUUCUCUUUCUGUCUCCCCCUGCUCACCUUGGGGUUUCCCUGACUGCAUCUUGUCCCCUUCUCUUAUCCGUUUUGCCCUGUCUCUCGGAUGGCUAUCUCUCCGCGGGCAGGCAGGAGGCCGUCAUCUGCACCUUGCCCCGCCCCACUCACUGUCUCUCUCCCCCCCGCAGGUUCUCCCCAUGACACCACCUGGAAGGCUCUACCUCCUGCGGGUGUGCAGCGCCCCCCUCCUCCUCCUCCUUCUGGGGCUGCUGCUGGCCCUGCCGCCUGAGGCCCAGGGGCUUCCUGGUGUUGGCAUCUCACCCUCAGCUGCCCGGACUACCUAUCAGCACCCUCAGAAGCACUUCGCACAAGGCACCCUCAAACCUGCUGCUCAUCUUAUUGGAGACCCCAGCACCCAGAACUCACUGCGCUGGAGAGCAAACACAGAUCGUGCCUUCCUCCGCCAUGGCUUCUCCUUGAGCAACAAUUCCCUCCUGGUCCCCACCAGUGGCCUCUACUUUGUCUACUCUCAGGUGGUCUUCUCUGGGGAAGGCUGCUUCCCCAAGGCCACCCCGACCCCUCUCUACCUGGCCCAUGAGGUCCAGCUCUUCUCCUCCCAGUACCCCUUCCACGUGCCUCUCCUCAGUGCUCAGAAGUCCGUGUGCCCAGGGCCACAGGGACCUUGGGUGCGCUCUGUGUACCAGGGAGCUGUGUUCCUGCUCACCCAGGGAGAUCAGCUAUCCACUCACACAGAUGGCAUCUCCCACCUACUCCUCAGCCCCAGUAGUGUCUUCUUUGGAGCGUUUGCUCUGUAGAAAUCUCCAGAAAGAAAACUAAUUGGUUUCAAGACCUUCUCCCAUUUUGCCUCCAUGCUGACCACUUCAAGGGUGUCACCACACCUCUUUCGACCAUUCCACGUGUCUCAAGUCUCCCCUGCUCAUCUUACCUGGAGCUUCCAAAGAAGGAAUUCUAGGCAGCCCGGGGGACCACACCCGCCUGAACUACACCAAUGUGAGGCUGAGGAUUUCAAGUCUGCCUAGAAAUUCCCAGCCAAAGCUCUUCAUCUGUCCUGCCCAUCUAAGGAAGGCCUGGCCUUGCACGUGGAGGAGGCAGACACAUGGAGGAGCUUGAGUGGAUGACAGGAGGCAGGGGAGGGGGGAUUAUUUAUAAAGGGAAAAAAUUAAAUUAUUUAUUUAUGGAGGAUGGAGGGAAGGGAAUAAUAGAGGGCCAUCAGAAGAGAGAGAGAGAGAGAGAUACACCCAAGAGAUGAAGAGCCAGAGAACAUCAGCAUAAGGAUAACCCAGUGAGAGAGAAAACAAGUGAAUCUGAGACACCGGGGAGCUCUAGAAGGAAGCAAGAAACUCUUAAGAUCCAGCCACUGCUUGACUAGACACCCCAUGAGGAGACAUCUGCACCUUCAAUGAAGCCCAAUAAACCUCUUUUCUCUGAAAUGCUGUCUAUGUCUGUCU